AGCCCUGCCCCAGUAGCCUUUUAGAGUUCUUUAACAUUCCAAGAAACUGAGGAUAGCCUGUUAUGACCCAAUGCAUUUUAUUUAUUUUAAUUUUGAUAACAAUAUAUCUGCUGUAUAAAGUCGUCAGCAUCUUUCAUCCAGCAUUCUGUUCCCACUGGGGAUAUCACCUGGAUAUCCACCAGUUGAACAUAAUCUCAAUAUUUCCUGCCUGUUUAUAGCAAGAGACCUUCAAUUCUCAUACUGGAGGUAAUUUAGAUUUAUUCUGACCAAUAGUAACUUCUAAUAUUAUUUGCCAUAAAUGUGUCUAAUCCCCUCUUAAAAAUAGUCAAGGAGCAGCAAUCAUUAUCUUGCAAUAGGGAUUUCCUGUUUUAAGUAAAAUUAAAAUUGAAUUAACAUAGUUUUGAAUUUGUCUUGCUUUUCCCAUUCUUCAUGUUUCAAUGUUAUGAAAGAGAACCUUUCCUGAUCCACUUUUUCCACGCUUGAUAUAAUAUAUCUUGUUUCUUCUUAUUUACCAUUCCUUAUUAAGCUAAAACAUAUCUGGUAGUCAUGGAUAUCGUAAUUUUUCUCCAUGCUCUCAAAUUAAUAACUCUGCCAGCUAUAUAAUUUUGCUUUUAUCAGCAAGUUGUCACCAAUUAUAGAGAUUAAUCUAAAAAAGAGGAGAGGGCUGGGGGUGCUUAUUUUUUCACCCCCAAAGUAGAGAAGAUUUAAGGAAAACCAGACAUUUAUUACAAAGGCUUUAGGCAAAAACUCGCACUAAAUGGCAGUUUCUAGACCAUUUUGGCUGAAAGCUAAAAGGAUAAGGGUUAGAUCUGGUUAAUACUUUCUCUGGUGACCAACAAGAAAUUAGACAGAGAAAAGUCUAAUAAAAGUACCCUGGAACAAGGCAAUAGAUUCUAAGACAGCUACACGAUCACAGAAAAUAGACCACAGAAAAUAGACCGCAACUCAGGGGAGUCUUUACCUUUAAGACAAGUUAUGCACUUGUUAAUCAUGAGUAAAACAGGAUUCUGAAUAAGCUGCCUAAUGUAUUUUUAGCCUAUCUACAAUUACAGUAAUACAGACACUGUGUUUGGACCAUAAAUUAACUACGCAGCCUUGGUUCUUACAAUAACAUCGGACUAGAAUAUCUUUGGCUGUUCUAUUCUGAUUCAAUGGAUUGUGCAAACAUAGCCAGACAGCAACCAACUCUCAAUCUUUUUUCAAUGAAUCCACGAAUCAUUUAGCGAUAAUGGAACUCAGGAUCAAAGUCAGUACCCCCACAAACCAAGAUACUGAUUGGAGGAAGCAUAAUUUUGUAACAGGUGGGAAUGAAAGAGCAAUGUGCUGGGAGAGAGUCUGCAGUGCAAGGCAGGUCCCCCUCCCAUCCUCCAGACUGUGUGACCUUGCAAGGGUCAUUGCCUGCCCACCCAGCUCUGACAAACCUUGCAAAGAAGCUGCCCCAGGACAACGCCUCAUCGUCCUUGUCUCCAACCAGAUCCUAUUGUGUUACAGCCGUUGGGUAGCAAGCAGACUUGGGCUAAGCUUCUUUUAGAAGGCCAUCCCGAGGAGGUGCGAACCUCUGUUACUCAACCACCCGUUGUUUUUCACGUCCCCUACAUGGAAGGAAAGGGCGCGGGCUUUUGAGAAGCACCGAAGCUGAUGCGCUGGAAGGGGACGCUUACCCAACGCGGUCCUGCGCGCCUAUAUUUGGAGGUAACCCUUUCUGGGCACCGAGACUCAGAGGGACUUACUGCAAAGUAAGGAUUACAAUCGCAGUCGCCGCCCACGGGAUGGACUCUUGCAUUCUUCCCUCUCUCGCCUGCUCUCUCAGUAACGUGUUGCUCCCUUGCUUUGACCUGUAUAGCAGCCAAGCGGGUGCCCGCGCCGGGUCUCCCUAGCGCAGCAGGCUGCUUGCUCGGCGCUCUCACGAAGGAGAGACGGAGAAGGAGACCCCUCCUUCGUUCCAGAACAGAGCGCUCCCCUUGCUCGUCUCCUUCUCCUCGCUCCUACAGGAGGGCAACCGCGUGGGCGAUGGCGGCGCCGACGGAGUGACUGGAAAGGCGGGAGAGGCGGCAGCCAGCCUGAGAGGAUGUUUUGAGCCGGGCGGUGGCCGUGGAGCUGGGCGGGUCGCUCUGGCCGUCCGCCUGGGGUCUCGCUUGGGCGGCUGCCGGGGAAACAGGCUCCCCUCCGCGCUCUUGUUACAUUUAUGGACGAGCACCUGAGCCUUCUGCGCUCGCCGGCCGCCCCGUCUUCCUGCAAGCAUUCGAGGGGCGGCGGCAGCAGCAGCAGCAGCAGCGUCGGCGGCGUCGUGGGAAGCAGCCACCAUAACUUGGGCUACAGCGAGCAGCUCUUCCCCGAAGGCACGCUUUCCGCCCCUGAGGACGGGCAGGAAGAAGAGGAGGACGGGGACGAGGAGGAAGACGAGGACGGGGAGCUGGAGGGUGGCAUGACUGUAGUGGGUGGAGAGGACCCUCUGAUCGAUGAAACCCAACAUCCCCAUGCCCUGCUGGGAGGGGAGCGCUAUGACCACCCUCUUGCCCAUACCCUGCCUCCCCACAGUCAUCACCAAGUGGGCACCGGUGGAGAGGAGCACGAGUGUUGUGAGAGGGUCGUGAUCAACAUCUCAGGGCUACGCUUUGAGACCCAGCUCAAGACACUGGCCCAAUUCCCAGAGACACUGCUGGGUGAUCCCCGCAAGAGGAUGCGCUACUUCGACCCUCUUCGCACCGAGUACUUUUUUGACCGCAAUCGACCCAGCUUUGAUGCCAUCCUUUACUAUUACCAAUCUGGAGGACGUAUCCGCCGCCCCGUUAAUGUGCCCAUUGAUAUCUUUUCAGAAGAAAUACGUUUCUAUCAGUUAGGUGAAGAGGCCAUGGAAAAAUUUCGAGAAGAUGAAGGUUUCAUCCGUGAGGAGCAGAGACCUCUACCUGAGAAGGAGUUUCAGCGCCAGGUGUGGCUUCUUUUCGAAUACCCAGAGAGUUCCGGACCAGCUCGGGGCAUUGCUAUUGUGUCUGUUUUAGUCAUCCUCAUCUCCAUUGUCAUAUUUUGUCUAGAAACCUUACCUGAGUUCAGAGAUGACCGUGACUAUGAUAGUGCUGCAGGAACAUUUGGGACUGGGAGUAGUCCUUUUAUGACUGAUGUUUUCACCAAUACUUCUUCCCCAGCUACAUCUAUGGUGUCAUCCUUCACUGACCCUUUUUUUGUGGUGGAGACUUUGUGCAUUAUCUGGUUCUCUUUUGAGCUGCUUGUCCGCUUUUUUGCUUGUCCCAGCAAGCCCACCUUCUCUAAGAACAUUAUGAACAUAAUUGACAUUGUGGCCAUUAUACCUUACUUCAUCACCUUGGGCACUGAACUGGCUGAGAGGCAGGGGAAUGGACAGCAAGCAAUGUCUCUGGCUAUUCUCAGAGUCAUCCGGCUAGUUAGAGUCUUCCGUAUCUUCAAGCUCUCUCGGCACUCCAAAGGGCUGCAGAUCUUGGGGCAAACUCUGAAGGCCAGUAUGAGGGAACUGGGCUUGCUCAUUUUUUUCCUUUUCAUCGGUGUUAUCCUCUUUUCUAGUGCUGUCUAUUUUGCAGAAGCUGAUGAUCCCACUUCAAGUUUUAGCAGUAUCCCUGAUGCCUUUUGGUGGGCUGUGGUAACCAUGACCACUGUGGGUUAUGGUGACAUGCAUCCCGUCACUAUUGGAGGCAAAAUAGUAGGAUCUCUCUGUGCCAUCGCUGGUGUGCUAACUAUUGCCUUGCCUGUUCCAGUCAUUGUCUCCAACUUCAACUACUUUGACCACCGGGAAACAGAAGGGGAAGAACAAGCUCAGUACAUGCACGUAGGAAGCUGCCAGCAUCUCUCCUCCACUGAGGAGCUGAAGAAAGCUCGUAGUAAUUCCACUCUCAGCAAGUCAGAGUAUAUGGUGAUAGAAGAGGGAGGCAUCAGCAACAGUGCAUUCAAACAGGCUGCUUUUAAAACAAACAACUGCUCUGGCACAAACAAUCCCAACUGCGUGACUAUUAAAAAAAUCUUUACGGAUGUUUAAAACCUUUCGCACAGGUUGAAAGAAAAUCACAGGAAGUCUGCGAAAUCAGUAUUUGUGAGGAACAUGCAUCAUUGUCAGUCUUUGUGCUCUUGUUUAGUACAUAUACUUUUCUGGUCCUUCCUUUUGAAGAUAAAAUAUUUUUUUAGAAGAACCAAGAACCAAGCAGAUAUUAAGAAAGAAGGUAGAUAAGCUAACACAAGGAAUGUGUUGUUGCUGCUCCCUUUGGAAACAGGUUUUUAUUCUGCACAGUUUGUUUCAGGGCAUUGAGAUUUUAGUGAGAAACGUGUUUGUCUAAUUUUUAUAAAGAGCAGCUACACUGUUGAUUUGCUUUUUUUUUACGUGUACACUUGUUGGAUGGAAAGGAGUGGAGUAUAAGGAUAAUGAAAGUAACUGUGCUUCAGUGAAUGAGAAGAAUAAGACAUAAAUGUCACAAACUAUCUCACAUUAUAAUAGGAUGGCCACAAUUGAAAAUCUGAUGUAUGAGGUUUCAAUCUUGAUCUUUUUUUAAAAAAUGUUAGGUUAGAGCCAUGUGUAUUCUGAAUCCGCCCAUGACAUAUGUCGUAUCUCUUUAAUACAACAAGGGAAACGCCUCCAUUGUGAUUUUGGAUUUCUUUGAUCCCUGAAUUCCCAAAGAAUUGCAACUUUGAAUCUGAAGUGCUACCUGAGUAUUGUAGUAUUACUUCUUCCUACACAGUGAGACUGAACAAUUGACCAACUGGAUCAUAUCUUAAUGAUCUGAAUAUGAUGAAUUAUUUAGUUUUUAGUAAAUUUCUAACAGGCUUUUAUUUUGAUUGCAGCUUCAAAACCAAAAAGCAAAAGAGGUAUUUCCAUAAAUGUUCAAUGCAUGUAAGAUAAUCACAAGAAGAUUAAAGAAACAAACACACCUUGCAGCGGAAGUUACUAAUUUGGAUUUGAGCGGUACAGUUUCCAUAGCAACUUUGGUUUCCUGGGAAACUCCCAAAGGUUGUCAUAGCAUCGGUUCUUUCCCUCCCUCAAUCUUCUGCUGUUUCCAUAGUAACCAUUCCAGAUGGUUCCAACUUCUGUGGUUCCACAGAAAAGCUGCUGCUCUGAUAAAUCACACACACACACACACACACAAACAUGCACACAAAUAUACACAGCAUUAAUCCUUAAGAGAUUUAGUUGUGGAAGUUAAGCAUUAUUCUGUAUGUACCAUUUCUAGAUUGGCAAAAUUUGAGAUGGUUGCACAUCAUGAAAAAAAGAGUUAAUAUGAUUUUUUUUAAAAAAACUAUUUCACAUUAUAAUAUAAUUAAACACCUGUUUGACCAAAAGCAAAGAAUUUCUCCCCUGCCAAUCUUCCACAUCUCUUGCAAUUUGAUAUCUGAUGAUUGAAACUUGGAAUUAAUUCUAAAUGAGUUACCUGUACAACUGCAUAGAAGGUUUAAAAAGAUGGCAUUGCCCUCUACCUUUAACAGAAUAAAUCAUAUAAUAUUGAUUUAAAAUAAUUAUUUAUUGCAUAUGACCUAGUAUUAUGCAAAAAAACCCUCUUUUCAAAGCAUGUACAGCACUGAAGAUCAAGACCAAAACAUUUAUUACAAAAGGAUGGUGAUGAAGUGUUGGUUCAAAAAUACUUAAAAGUCUUCUGGGAAAUGUAUAUCCAUCUUCUCUCAAGUACACAUCUGCGGCUAUGGAAUAUCAGACAGAUACAGCUUUUGCAGAAUUUCCCAGCCUCAAGUUUUAACUCUACCUUUGCAAGUGGAACUGCAACAAAAUACUUCACAAGAUGAGAGCCAAAGUAAAUGGAGCAGAACAAAUUGAAACUGCAGACAACAGUCCCUUCCUUGCAGCAGAUGGAUAACAGAAGAUGGCUCAGUAAGUGCUACAGAACCCCAUCAACCUUUAAACUAUUUAUAAAAAAAAGAAUCAAAGACAUCAGGAAGAAGUAACUAAUUAUACUAUAGCAUCAUGGACAGAACUGAAGGAUGGUCCUCCCUCUUAUGCUAAUAGUUAGCUCUGACUUUGUGUUUUGACAAGCGUAUUGUACAGAAAAGAACAUCUUUUAUGUUGUAACAGAAACCAAAUGAAAUAUUACAAAUAAGAUCACAGCUAAGGAAAAGGUGUUUAUUUGUUUGGAUGGUAUAUCUGCCUUUUCAUGCAAGCUUUGGUAACUGGAAAUUUAGUACAGGUAGUCCUCGACUUACGACCACAAUUGAGCCCAAAAUUUCUGUUAUUAAUUGAGACAUUUGUUAAGUGAAUUUUGUCCCAUUUUAUGACAUUUCUCGCCACAGUUGUUAAGUAAAUUACUGAAAUUGAUAAAUUAGUAACCUAGUUGUUAAGUGAAUCUGGCUUCCCCCUUUGACUUCGCAUGACUUAGAGCAUUUAUUAUAUAUUCAGAAGUUUGCAAAAAGGGGAUCACGUGAUCCCGGGACACUGCAACCGUCAUAAAUAUAAAUCGGUUGCCAAGCCUCUGAAUUUUGAUCAUGUGAUCAUGGGGCUGGUGCAAAGGUUUUAACUGAAAAACAGUCAUACAUCACUUUUUUCAGUGCUGUUGUAACUUUGAACUGUCACUAAAUGAAGUGUUGUGAGUUGAGGACUACCUGUAUACAUUAAACAGCUAAUAAGCAUUCCAUAUGCAUUGACUGUUUUAUACCAAUUUAUUUUAGGCUAUACAGUAAUCUGAAAUGAAUCAUCAUUCUGUGUUAUUUUUAAUGAUUUUUUGUUCAUGUAACUGUUAUUUAUAAAGUGAUAUAUUUGUUAUAAAAAGAUUUACUGAUUAUUUUAGUCUUUGUAUACAAGGAGAAAUGAUAGUUAAAUGAAUCCCCAAAGGAAUUUGAACAAUAAGCUCAAAAAUGUGUGCCUUGUUUUAAAGCCUUUAUUUAAAUAAGGAAACCAAAAUGUCAACAGUCAUGUAUGUAUUCAUGGCUAGACUUAGCUGGAAUCACCUUUUUCUUAAAAAUACGUAUUUCUUCCUAGAUGGUGUAGUGUCCAUGCAGUUUACUGCAGGUUUACUGAAAAGUUAAUCCUAUUUUGUUCAGUGGGAAAAAGGCCAGUUCCUCAAUAAUGACCUUCUGGAAUCCCCCAGUCUCGUACUGAGGUAACAUAAAGCUUGUCCUCGUUCCUCUUAUUUUGACAAAAUAAUGCCUGGAUAAUUGUAGAAGACACUAUCCCUAGGUAGAAAAAGGUUAAGAGAACUUGGGAAAUUGCUUAACCUCCUUAGAUUUAUCAUCAGUUCAAGAAGGAUCAAGGGCACUUUGUUAAAUCACAGUCUAAAUUUCAAGAGUGACUUUCAGGAUUAUAUCUUACUGGUUGCUAUAAUGAAAAUGAACUCCAUUAGCAAUUACUAAAUGUUUUCAGUGAUAACAUAUGGCUAUGGUCAGCUGAGCCGUAGUUGAAUAAAAGCUUCAUUGAAACAAGCAGAGCCUGGUGCAUUGCGGCUGAAAGGAGAAGGAGCAAAGCCACAGAGAUUUGCUUAUCUUGCUAUAGCAUUAUUUAAGGCAUAACUAGGUAACCUUUUAUAGGUAGAUGGGUUUGUUUGUUUGUUUUUGCAAGGUGUACUUUCUGAUGGAUGGUUCUUAGCAUUCCCAAUCAAUUAGUUGUAGUUAUCUUUCCUCUGUAAUCAUUUUUCUGUAGUUAAUUUUAAAAAAAAAUGGAAAGGAGAAGGAAGACAUGGGAGGAAUGUAAAUGACUUCAUAAAAUGCCAUAAAUAAGAUACUGUGAUUAUAUAAUGAGAUAUUCAUUCAAAAGCACCAUUUAUUCUAGCCUGCAAUGCUGAUUUAUAAGUGGAAAUAAUGGGAUGCGCCACAGGAAUAUAUUGAGCAAGUAAGAGCAAAACACUAUACGGUUGAAGUGUUCCAAUAAUAGAGGUUGGAAUCGACAUUUUGUGUAUCCAAUUUCUGGGUAUAUUUUUGGUACACUUAGAAUAAUUUGUUUUAACACUGGAAUAUUUCAGUCAUGACAUUUUUUUUGCACGUUUCUUAACUAAGGUGAAAGUAGCAAUAGCAAUAGCACUUAGACUUAUAUACUGCUUCACAGUACUUUACAGCCCUCUCUAAGCAGUUUACAGAGUGAGCAUAUUGCCCCCAAUAGUCUGGGUCUGGAGAGAGAGUAGCAAUGAAAGGAAAUAUUGUUGAGGGGACGUGUGUGUUCUAUUUUGUUUGGUCUAGUUCCUUUGUCUUUGGAUCUUUCCAAAUGAUAAUUUAAUAAGAGAACCCAGAGUUCUCUUAUCAAAGCCUAAUGUCCCCAUAUACCUGAUGUCAAAUAGGCUGACCUUCUUCCCACCCUGGAGUAGAAAAAAGGGGGUGGAUUUGCUGCCUAGCAAGGUGCAUAACCAUUAAAAUGGUGAGAUAUGUCUGCUAUUAAUGAGGCAAUUAAGUAGAGGAGAGAGUCCAUCAAAAAAAGUAUGUGAAACAUUUAAAGAUCACAACUAGUCUAGGACAGAAUAUGAGAAAUCUAAGCUUCCACUACGAAUAGCAUACUCACUAUGUAUUACAGGCAGUCCUCAACAUACAAUCAUUUGAAGUUACAGCAACACUGAAAAAAAUGACUUAUGAUUUGUCCUCAUUCUUUCAAAUGUUCAGCAUCCCCUAUGGUCACAAUCAAAAUUCAGGAGCUUGGCAACUGGCAUGUAUUCACAAUGGUUGCAGCAUCCUGAGGAUUGUCAUGUGACUGUCAUUUGUAACCUUCCCAGGAGGUAACAAUCAAAGCAAAUAGGGGAAACUGCACUGGUUUAACAACCAUAUGAUUUGUUUAAUGACUGUAAGAAAAAAGAUUGUCAGGCAUGACUUAACAAUGACAUCACUUAGCAGCAGAAGUUCCAGUGAGCAUACAUUGAGGGCUACAUGUAGUAUCAUUUUACUAUAUAAAAUUCAUAUUAUUAAUAACCCUGUUGCAAAUAUCAACAAAAUCUAUUAAUGUAAUAUCGAUCAUUAAAUAAAGGAAGAGAUCCUGUAAAAAAAGCAGCUGACAGAACAUGGUGCGCAAACAGAUUCUCAGUCAUUACUCUAUUUAUUAGAAUAUUUAUGCAACUCUUUUCAGCAAAUAUCACUAAAGUAUUUAGGUAACAAAUCAAACAAAACCAACUAAAGCCACAUAUAACAAAAACUUCAAAAGAAUGAAAAUAGUAAAGCGAGGUUUCUCAACCUUAGCAACUUCAAGAUACACGGACUUCAACUUCUGGAGGUUGAAGUCCACAUAUUUUAAUGUUUCUGAGGUUCAGAAUCAAUGUGCUAAAGCACUAUUAAAACCACUACUAGCAAGAGAUACAUAAUUUCACUUCUGGAAAGCUAAGAGAGUUGCAAUGAACCAUUGCAUUCCACAGUGCCUCAGGUAAUGCAGAAUAAAAUAAUUUCCCAUGUUCCCAAUAACCACAACUGUCUGCCCAAGGGGCCUUUUUUUUUUUUUUUUUUGCAGAUCUUAACAAUGAGGUAGGUGUUUAAAGAAAAGUUGAUCCUUUAGCCAGCCUCUCUAACUUUAAAGUGGGAGUUGCUGCACCCAAUUACAAAAUAAUUUAAAACUUUUUAAAAACUAAAAUGUCAUCUCAUAAGAUAACUGAUUUUUUUUAUAUACGAUUGUGCAAGAUUUCAAAUGACUACAUGAAAUCUGGUAAGAGUUUGAUGUAUUACUCAGUCUGCCACUUUUUUUUUGGUAUCAGCACUGUCCAUUGAAAAUUGCUUGCAUCAUCAUAUAAAAUUAUAGAAAAAUAAAAUUCACCCAAACCAAGACUGAACAAUAAGUGUUUAACAUCAUGAUUGUCAUAUUCAGUAAAAGCCCUAACAUGUACAGUGGUAUGAUUUUUAGUACUCCAUCUUCCAAUCUUAUACCAAAAGUAAAAAUUCAUGAGACAGAUUGGGAUGACGGAUGGAUCCAAAGUUAUCUAAUGACAAUUCACAAUUGAGUAUGGAUUCAAAUCAAGGUCUCCCUAGUCCUAACUUGUAUACCAAGGGUCUUCAAAC